AAGCACGCAUUUGCUUGUUUCCCGGAAGUGAGCGGCGCUGUUUUUGUUGCCAGAGGGACUCCUGUGUUGUGAAAAUGGCGGCGUCUCGUCGCUCGUCUCAUCAGCAGCAACAGAGCCUGUCGUCCCCUCCGCGGAGCUCCUCUCUCUCCCCGACUCCCCCAGGUUCACCUCUUGCUCCUGCACCCGCAGGGGCUGCAGCCACGGUCCCGGUUGGCGCCGACCAGGACAGCAGCGGGGAAGCGGAGAUCACGCCGGCCUCCCCCGAUCUCCCCGCUCCGGCCCUUAGCAGCAGCAGCAGUACUGCUAGCAGCAGCGGCGGCGGCGGCGGCGGCUCCACGACGACAACCACCGGCGGGGGCAGCAGCAGCAGCAGCAGCAGCAGCGGCGGCUCCAGCCCGGACUCGGGCACUGCAAGUCCGGGAGGUAGCGGCGGCGGCGGCGGCGGGGGGGCGUUUAGGGAGCUGUUUGAGGCCUGCCGCAACGGGGAUGUGUCCCGGGUCAAGAGGCUGGUGGACUCGGGGAACGUGAACGCCAAGGACAUGGCCGGGAGAAAAUCCACCCCGCUUCACUUCGCGGCCGGGUUUGGCAGGAAGGAUGUGGUAGAGCACCUCCUGCAGACCGGCGCCAACGUUCACGCCCGGGACGAUGGCGGUCUGAUCCCAUUGCACAACGCCUGCUCCUUUGGCCACGCCGAGGUGGUGAGCCUACUGCUGUGUCAGGGGGCUGACCCCAAUGCCAGGGACAACUGGAACUACACCCCUCUGCAUGAGGCCGCCAUCAAGGGCAAGAUCGACGUAUGCAUCGUCCUGCUACAGCAUGGAGCUGAUCCUAACAUUCGAAAUACUGACGGCAAGUCAGCCCUGGACCUGGCUGAUCCUUCCGCUAAGGCAGUCCUAACUGGUGAAUACAAGAAGGACGAACUCCUGGAAGCAGCGAGGAGCGGUAAUGAAGAGAAGCUCAUGGCCCUGCUGACUCCAUUAAACGUGAAUUGCCAUGCGAGCGAUGGAAGGAAGUCGACAUCCCAAAAAAUGCUGUCCACCCCUCUCCACCUGGCAGCCGGAUAUAACCGAGUAAGAAUUGUGCAGCUCCUUCUGCAGCACGGAGCUGACGUGCACGCCAAGGAUAAGGGUGGUCUUGUUCCCCUUCACAAUGCUUGUUCCUAUGGACAUUAUGAGGUGACAGAGCUACUGCUCAAGCAUGGAGCCUGUGUCAACGCCAUGGACCUUUGGCAGUUCACACCUUUACAUGAAGCCGCUUCCAAGAACCGAGUGGAGGUCUGCUCCCUCCUGCUGAGCCAUGGCGCGGACCCCACCCUGGUCAAUUGCCAUGGCAAGAGUGCCGUCGACAUGGCCCCCACGCCUGAGCUGAAGGAACGGCUCACCUAUGAAUUCAAAGGUCAUUCAUUGCUUCAGGCAGCACGUGAGGCUGAUAUGGCGAAGGUGAAGAAAACUCUUGCUUUGGAAAUCAUCAACUUCAAACACCCACAGUCCCACGAAACUGCUUUGCACUGUGCUGUCGCCUCACCGCAUCCCAAGCGGAAGCAGGUGACGGAGCUCCUGCUGCGGAAGGGCGCCAAUGUCAACGAGAAGAACAAGGACUUUAUGACCCCAUUGCACGUGGCAGCCGAGAGAGCCCACAACGACGUCAUGGAAGUACUACAGAAACAUGGGGCCAAGAUGAACGCCUUGGACACUCUGGGGCAGACAUCCCUCCACAGAGCCGCCCUGGCUGGUCACCUCCAGACCUGCCGACUCCUCCUGAGCUACGGAGCUGACCCUACCAUCGUCUCACUGCAGGGCUUCACAGCUGCGCAGAUGGGCAAUGAAGCAGUGCAGCAGAUCCUUAACGAAAACAUUCCUGUGCGCAACUCUGAUGUUGAUUAUCGGCUUCUAGAAGCUGCUAAAGCUGGAGACCUGGACACUGUGAAGCAACUGUGCUCCCCGCAGAAUGUGAAUUGCCGGGAUCUGGAGGGUCGUCACUCUACCCCCCUACACUUUGCCGCAGGUUAUAACCGCGUAUCUGUGGUGGAGUACCUGCUGCACCAUGGGGCUGAUGUCCAUGCCAAAGACAAAGGGGGUUUGGUUCCUUUGCAUAAUGCCUGCUCAUAUGGACACUAUGAAGUAGCAGAGCUACUGGUCAGACAUGGGGCUUCAGUCAAUGUUGCAGACCUAUGGAAGUUCACCCCUCUGCACGAAGCAGCGGCCAAAGGAAAAUAUGAAAUCUGCAAGCUGCUCUUAAAGCAUGGGGCUGAUCCUACAAAGAAGAACCGGGAUGGAAACACGCCUCUAGACAUGGUGAAAGAGGGUGACACAGACAUCCAGGACUUGCUGAGGGGUGAUGCGGCUCUGCUGGAUGCUGCCAAGAAGGGGUGCCUGGCCAGAGUGCAGAAACUGUGCAGCCCAGAGAACAUCAACUGCAGGGACACCCAGGGGCGCAAUUCAACUCCGUUGCAUUUAGCAGCUGGGUACAAUAAUCUGGAAGUAGCAGAGUACCUUCUUGAACAUGGGGCAGAUGUCAAUGCCCAGGACAAAGGAGGUCUGAUUCCACUGCACAAUGCAGCCUCUUAUGGACAUGUGGACAUUGCAGCUCUCUUAAUCAAGUACAACACUUGCGUUAAUGCUACCGACAAAUGGGCCUUCACCCCCCUCCAUGAGGCAGCCCAGAAGGGGCGGACCCAGCUGUGUGCUCUUCUUUUGGCCCAUGGAGCUGAUCCCACUAUGAAGAACCAGGAAGGACAGACGCCCCUGGACCUGGCAACGGCGGAUGAUAUCAGAGCACUCCUGAUAGAUGCCAUGCCUCCUGAGGCCUUGCCCAGCUGCUUCAAGCCCCAGGCCACAGUGGUCAGUGCCUCCGUCAUCUCACCAGCCUCAACACCGUCCUGCCUUUCCGCUGCCAGCAGCAUCGACAACCUGACGGGGCCACUGGCAGAGCUGGCUGUCAGCGGGGCCUCAGGUGCCGCAGACGGAGCCACUGGUACUGAGAGGAAGGAAGGGGAGAUGGCAGUGCUUGAUAUGAACAUCAGUCAGUUCCUGAAGAGUCUGGGUCUCGAACAUCUUAGAGACAUAUUUGAGAGAGAGCAGAUUACAUUGGACGUGUUGGCGGACAUGGGCCAUGAAGAGCUGAAGGAAAUUGGCAUAAACGCCUAUGGGCAUCGUCACAAACUGAUCAAAGGAAUAGAGAGGCUUUUGGGGGGGCAGCAAGGUACCAACCCUUAUCUGACAUUUCACUGUGCCAGUCAGGGAACAGUUCUCAUUGACCUGGUGCCAGAUGACAAGGAGUUCCAGUCUGUGGAAGAAGAGAUGCAGAGCACAAUUCGGGAACACAGAGAUGGAGGAAAUGCAGGUGGUGUAUUCAGCAGGUACAACAUCCUAAAGAUCCAGAAAGUCGUGAACAAGAAGCUGAGAGAAAGGUAUACACACCGACAGAAAGAGAUAGCUGAUGAGAAUCACAACCACCAUAAUGAGCGCAUGCUUUUUCACGGUUCUCCCUUUAUUAAUGCCAUUAUUCACAAGGGCUUUGAUGAAAGGCAUGCCUAUAUUGGUGGGAUGUUCGGCGCAGGGAUCUAUUUCGCCGAGAACUCUUCGAAAAGUAAUCAGUACGUGUAUGGGAUAGGGGGCGGGACAGGGUGCCCCACACACAAAGAUCGAUCCUGUUAUAUCUGCCACAGACAAAUGCUGUUCUGCAGAGUGACCCUGGGGAAGUCCUUCCUGCAGUUCAGCGCCAUGAAGAUGGCCCAUGCUCCUCCGGGACACCACUCUGUGAUCGGCCGGCCGAGUGUAAAUGGUCUGGCGUACGCAGAGUAUGUCAUCUACAGAGGUGAACAGGCUUAUCCAGAAUACCUCAUCACAUACCAGAUCCUGAAGCCAGAGAGCACCCCCCAGACCACAGCAGGUGCAGAACAGAAAUCCUAGUUUCUGACAGGAAACAGGAGAGUCCUGGGAGCCGCCCUGGGCCUUUAUUCCAGUACAGCAAAUCGAGUGACUGUUACUAAGCUUCAUACACAUUCUGGGAGCUUGCAGAUAAGCUAGUGAUUAUCUUAUGUGAAAACAACUUCACUAAAGAUAAAAACAUUUUUGGUUGUAAACUGCCACCGUUUCCUUUUUGAGAAAGUGUUUACAAAGGUUGCCUUCUACUCAAAGCAACUCCAGCUCAUUUUCAGACCACAUCUCUGCUGACAGGCAGUGGCCUUGUUUUCUUCUUUUCCUCCCUUGAAGAAAAGAAACCAAUUCUGACAGCGGUUGUCCUCGGUAAUUAGGAGGGGAGAACACAAAACUAAAUGUAACUCUUUUCCUUUUUUACACUAGUCCUUUAUAUGUCGAAAAUGGUUGGUUUCCGCAUGUUCUGUAGUGGUUUUGUGUGAAAGCCACUGUGGAGUUUGGCCUUACUCACAAGGGGUUGGACCAAAAGAAAACAAAUGGCAGCAAUUGCAUUUUCGUCACACUACAGUGGAAUGGCAUUUUUUGAAGCGAGUUUAGGAUGUUCUGAGUCCUGAUCUGGGGCAGUUUUUCCUGUUGCUGCCCCCCUGAGGAAUAACCCGAAUGGAGGGUUACCCUGCCUCCUGAGACUGUAGCUUUUAUCACUACAUCAUGUUCAGAACAAUACAAAUACUACUGUUUACCUGCGGGACUUUUUUUAACCAGAUAAUGUCAUUUUCAGAUUUUAAUUUUGGUGAGUUUGUACUUAAUUAUAUAUUUUAAUUUGUUUUUAGAUUAAUCGCAUUGUACACACUUGGACCAUUUCACACAGUAUGAGCAACUUGCAUUUUAAACAUUGGGUUCAAAGGCCUUGGUAGAAAAAUUUACAUUCAACUUUUGUUUCUUUUUUAGGGAUAGAUUAACUUAGAAAAUCACGCUGUAUUGACAGAAAAUGAAAAUGACAGAUUAAUUCAGUGGAUGACUGAAAAUGAGCUUGAGUAUUCUAGAUUUUUUUUCUUUGCACAAGGAGAGAUGCCUAUAAAAACUUCAAGAACCUGCAAUGCCAUUUUCUUACCCACAGAGCUCUACAUUUUAAAGGAUUUGCACUUUUAAAGAGGAAAGAUUUAAGUUAUUGUAAGAAUAAAAAAAUUCAUGUUAUUAAAGAUAAUGUUCAUUAAUGUACAGGUUGUUUAAAUGACAGUGCCCUGUAAAGCUUUUGAUGUUGUUUACUGGUAAGGUGUUGGGUUUUACUAGUACUGUAAAUGAAGUCAGUUUUGAUCUGGACCUUUUUCUUUUGCUGAGGGGGCAACUUCAUCCUUACCGUAAGCUGUCCUGUUUUAUUUUUAGUUUUGAAUAAACAUUAAUUGUAGGAUGAUGUGCCUCUCUAAAGAUAAUGUUUUCAGGAUUGUUCAGUAUUCUUUUUUUAUUUUAAAAAAUCACUUUUGAUGUAAAAGUGUUCAACACGUUUAACACGGCAAUGCUGACCUGGAGAUGAUUUCCCGGACCUUUUUCUCUAGACAUAGAAGCCUUGUCCUGCCUUCGAUUAGGACAAACGGGAGCUUACCGAGGUAUGGUCUUUGUCCAGGUGAAAGUGAAUAGGUAAUCAAUGGGAAUGGUUGGGAACAGAACAUUUCUCAUUCAUUCAGAGCCUGAGAAUGCCACCAACAGGACAUGACCUUGUAUGGAUGUAUAUUAGAUGGAUAUGCAUUCUAUCACAAGGCAAGACUCAAAUACUGUCCCAGUCUUCAAGGCUUCCUUUCUUCUCUCCUCCUAUGUCCUGCAUUUCAGGUAGGCAUAACACAAAGUGCAGGUAGUGGCUUUCCCCUGCCUUUCUUAACUGUCCCUUACUUGUCUGAAGGGUUUGGGUCGAACAUUAUCAGCUGGGCGCUGCUGCUUCUGUGCACCCUCUCCCGAUUAACAAGAACACACUUCUUUCCUUAGCAGCCUGAUUGUAAUAGCUGUCCUUUUUUUAAAUACCGAAAAUAAAUCGUCUAUUAACAGAAAAAAAUUGGGAUCUGAAGACUACUUUAACACUCCUCAACCUUGUAAAACAGUCUUAAUAAAAUUUCACAUGGCACUGCA